UUUACAUUCUCUCCUUGUCUCCAGCCAGACCAGGCAGACUCCUUCACCAUGUCCAUGUACUCCAAUCGAUCUGUCACCUUCUCUGGUGGGAGCCGCCUAUCCUCCAUGAAGUCCCCUAGCGUACACGGCGGCUCCGGGGGUGCCGGGGUCCGGAUCUCCAGCAGCGUGGCUUCCAGAUCCUUUGCCUCUGGUGGUGGUGGAGGUUUCUCCUCUGGUGGUGGUGGAGGUUUCUCCUCUGGUGGUUUUGGUGGAGGCUUUUCCUCCUCUGCAGGGGGAGGCUUCAACCUCUCUGAUGCAGUAGACAUCUCAGACAACAAGAAGGCCGCCAUGCAGAACCUGAAUGACCGACUGGCCUCCUACCUAGAGAAGGUCCGCAAGCUGGAGGCGGCCAAUGCCGAGCUUGAGCUGAAGAUCCGUCAGUUUCUGGAAAACAAGGCCAAGCCAGCAGGUCAAGACUACUCAGCUUACUACAGCGUCAUCAGCGACCUCCAGGACAAGAUAACUGAGGCCACCUGUGCGAAAGGGAACAUUAUCCUGUCCAUCGAUAAUGCCAAGCUGGCAUCUGAUGACUUCAGAGUCAAGUACGAGACUGAGAUGACCAUGCGCCAGGGUGUGGAGGCUGACAUUGCUGGCCUGAAGAGGAUCCUGGAUGAACUGACCCUUGCAAGAUCUGACCUGGAAAUGCAGAUCGAGUCUCUGAGAGAGGAGCUCAUCUAUCUGAAAAAGAACCAUGAAGAGGACAUGUUGGGUCUGAGGUCACAGGUCAGCGGUCAGGUCAAUGUGGAGGUGGAAGCUGCACCCCAGCAGGAUCUGACAGCCAUCAUGAAUGAAAUCAGAGAACACUAUGAGAGCGUUGCAAAUAAGAACCGCAAAGAAUUAGAAAACUGGUUCCAGGCCAAGAGCGAGGAAUUGACCAAAGAAGUCACAGCCAGCACAGAAACCCUGGCAACAUCCAAAACAGAGAUCACAGAACUUAAACGAACACUACAGAGCCUAGAAAUCGAGCUCCAGUCCCAGCUCAGCAUGAAAGCAGGAUUGGAGGGAACGCUAGCCGAAACUCAGAACCGCUAUGCCAUGCGUCUGGCGGGUUACCAGCAACAGGUGGUCUCUCUGGAGGAACAGCUAAUGAUGCUGAAGGCAGACCUGGAGCGGCAGAGCCAGGAAUAUCAGGUGCUGCUGGACAUGAAGACCAGGCUGGAGAUGGAGAUCGCUGAGUACAGACGGCUGCUGGAUGGGGAAGGAGCUAGCAGCAGCAGCUCGUCCUCCUCCACAUCAACCACUACCCGGAAGGUCGUCAUUGUCACCCAAGAGAUCACAGAGAAUGGAGAGACCAAGACCGAAACUCAGACAAUUAAAUGAGAUGUCAAACACAAGCUCUCACAAAUAAAAUGCUGAGAAACUCA